AUGCUGUUUAAUUCUCUCAUUUUCUCUCGUGACACAGCGAAACAUUCGUACCAUGGAUGGCCUUUUUGCACAUGCGCACAAUGCGCCGCCGGCGAACGUUACACAUUAUUAUUAAUGUUAAUUCUCUCUCGCUCUUUCCCGCGCUUUCUCUCUCCCCCUCUCCUUCCUCUCUUGACGUUCAUUCAUUUUUCUUUCUUUCUUUCUUUCUUUCUUUUUUCCUCUCAAUUUCAUUCUUUUUUUCUCUUUCUCAGUCUUUCAUUUCCUUCUAUAACUGAUUACAUUUUUUUUAAUCACGGAGUCGGCGUUCUUCAGUCGAUUAUGGCCUGGUAUAAUUCUGUCUUCAGACCAACAACCCCGGCAUUUGUACGUUGUGUCACGUCUUGUGCGCGUCCCUGUAUUUGUCUCUUCCUUUCUUUUCUUCUUCGCGUGUACUCAUUCUUUGUAUAUCUGGUUGCCGGUCCACCAGGUCUUCCCGGACUUCGAGGUCCUGUCGGUCCAAAAGGAGAUAAGGGUCCCAGAGGCGAAAAUGGACUUCAAGGAAUACCCGGCCAACCUGGACCGAUUGGCUUGACUGGACCCAUGGGCGAUCCAGGAAUUGACGGGAAAGAUGGCGAUAAAGGCAGUACGGGUUCUCCUGGUCCUACUGGUCCCCGUGGAUCAAUGGGACUACGCGGGAAAAUCGGCAUUAAUGGAUUUCCUGGAAACGACGGUGAGAAGAAAUCAGUGGGAGACAUCGUCCUGAUAUGCGCCCUUCCCGCCCAUACGCACACCGACUUUUUCACAGAAAUGUGA